AUGGCGUCUAGCACGCCGUCCACCACUGUGCAGCAUUUGCUGCCCGGUCCGGUGGUUAGUGAUGCUUCGGCCUCGCUAGCCUCGGCUGGAUUUUACGGUGGUGUGAGCACUGGUGUAAAAACCUAUGCUUCCAGCUCUAUCCCUUGUGCCUCCUCCCCAGGUUUUCCUAUGGUAGGUGCCAGCGCAGCUGCGUUUGGUUUUGCCGGUGCACGCUGCUCCCCUGGUGGGGCUUGUUUUACUGGCCCUACAGGUUUUGGCCCUGCUGUAGGUCAGUCUGGGUGGAGUUGGUCAGGUCAGCCAGGUGUGGCUUAUGGCGGCGGGUGUGUAGGUGGCCCUAGGUUCCCUACCCCGCCCCCCCAAACCGGUCCUGCCUCCGGUUUCGGGCAUCAGGUUGGUGGCUCUGUUCCAGGGUCCUCCCUGGUUUAUCCCACCUAUUUGCAGGGUGGGAAUGGAGCUCAUUGGGGUCAACAGGCUCCUUUUUAUGCUCCGCCCCAACCACCGACCGCCUAUGGGCAGUCUUGGGGUUUCUCCCAGCAGGGGGCUUUUCCAGCCGCUCCCCCUCCACCCCAGGGUGGUAUGGGUUUCCAGCCUGGAUAUGCCCCCCCCGCCUUCUUGCCUGCGGCGAUGGGGCCCCCCCUCCAUCCGCCACCGAGCCGUUCGCGCAAGCGUUCGCGCUCCCGGCCAGCUUCUGCUGCCGGUUCUGUCAGGCAGAGACCGCGUGAUGCUAGGGCUGCUGGUCGUGCUGCGUUGGCUCGAGCUCCUAUUUUGGAAUUUGAGUCUACCAGUAACUUCCGCUGUCCGGUGUCAACUCCUACCUUACAGCAGGUUCCAGGGUCUUGUGGUCCUGCUCCUGCUGUUCCUCAGGGACUAUCGCUUGCCCCGAUAGUUCCCUCGGGUAGGUCACGUUCUCUUUCCCCUCCUCGCACCCCUCCCCGGAGGGCUGCGUUGAUGGAGGUGGAUUCGGCGGGUGCCUCUCCAAGUGAUGAGAGGGACGUUCUUCGGGGCUCUCCUGGUUGCUCCAAUUUUACGGAGACUCGGGAUGAGGAUAGAGUCGGCGAGUUUACUGACUCUGAUUUAGAGUCGUUGGAUUCGUCUGGGUUGGACUCAGAAGGCCCUUCUGAUGUGUCCCAAUUCCGGCCCCGAGAUGCUAAUCCGGUGCCUCCAGAGGUUUCGGCUUCAUUUCGCACUUUACGUGCAGAAGUUAUGAAGCUUCUGGGGGACGGGAUGCUGGAUCAAAUUCUGUACAGUGACGAAUACAUAGGAGAUUGA